ACAACUGCUCCAGCCUUGCUGAACAGUACCUCCAACCAACUCUACCUUCACUUCCAGAGUGAUAUCAGUGUUGUUGCCGCUGGAUUCCACCUUGAGUACAAAAGUGAGUACAGUGUGUCUCAUCGUGCCACGUUCAUUAUCUCCAUACUCUCUACCCCUGUGAAGAACAAAAAGGAAUCCACAAGAUUUCCCCUUUGCAAAUUACAUUUUGCUUAUACACUCUCUUAGACUCUCUUAGACUCUCUUAGACUCUCUUUGACUCUCUCUCUCCCUCCCCCUUUCACUCUCUCUAUCUCUCUCUACCCCCCUUCACUUUCUAUCUUUCUCUUUUUUCUUUUUCUGCGCCCUUGUUUAUAACAAGAAUGUAGUGGGUAUGUAAACUCAGCAAAAAAAGAAACGUCCUCUCACUGUCAACUGCGUUUAUUUUCAGCAAACUUAACAUGUGUAAAUAUUUCUAUGAACAUAACAAGAUUCAACAACUGAGACAUAAACUGAACAAGUUCCACAGACAUGUGACUAACAGAAAUUGAAUAAUGUGUUCCUGAACAAAGGGGGGGUCAAAAUCAAAAGUAACAGUCGGUAUCUGGUAUGGCCACCAGCUGCAUUAAGUACUGCAGUGCAUCUCCUCCUCAUUUACUGCACCAGAUUUGCCAGUUCUUGCUGUGAGAUGUUACCCCACUCUUCCACCAAGGCACCUGCAAGUUCCCAGACAUUUCUGGGGGGAAUGGCCCUAGCCCUCACCCUCCGAUCCAAUAAGACCCAGACGUGCUCAAUGGGAUUGAGAUCCGGGCUCUUCGCUGGCCAUGGCAGAACACUGACAUUCCUGUCUUGCAGGAAAUCACGCACAGAGUGAGCAGUAUGGCUGGUGCCAUUGUCAUGCUGGAGGGUCAUGUCAGGAUGAGCCUGCAGGAAGGGUACCACAUGAGGGAGGAGGAUAUCUUCCCUUUAAUGCACAGCGUUGAGAUUGCCUGCAAUGACAACAAGCUCAGACUAAUGAUGCUGUGACACACCGCCCCAGACCAUGACGGACCCUCCACCUCCAAAUCGAUCCCGCUCCAGAGUACAGGCCUCAGUGUAACGCUCAUUCCUCCGAUGAUAAACGCGAAUCCGACCAUCACCCCUGGUGAGACAAAACCGCGACUCGUCAGUGAAGAGCACUUUUUGCCAGUCCUGUCUGGUCCAGCGAUGGUGGGUUUGUGCCCAUAGGCGACGUUGUUGCCGGUGAUGUCUGGUGAGGACCUGCCUUACAACAGGCCUACAAGCCCUCAGUCCAGCCUCUCUCAGCCUAUUGCGGACAGUCUGAGCACUGAUGGAGGGAUUGUGCGUUCCUGGUGUAACUCGGGCAGUUGUUGUUGCCAUCCUGUAUCUGUCCCGCAGGUGUGAUGUUCGGAUGUACCGAUCCUGUGCAGGUGUUGUUACACGUGGUCUGCCACUGCAAGAACGAUCAGCUGCCCGUCCUGUCUCCCUGUAGCGCUGUCUUAGGCGUCUCACAGUACAUACAUUGCAAUUUAUUGUCCUGGCCACAUCUGCAGUCCUCAUGCCUCCUUGCAGCAUGCCUAAGGCAUGUUCACGCAGAUGAGCGGGGACCCUGAGCAUCUUUCUUUUGGUGUUUUUCAGAGUCAGUAGAAAGGCCUCUUUAGUGUCCUAAGUUUUCAUAACUGUGACCUUAAUUGCCUACCGUUAGUGUCAGGUGCAUGUACAUUAAUUGUUAAUGGUUAAUUGAACAAGCAUGGGAAACAGUGUUUAAACCCUUUACAAUGAAGAUCUGUGAAGUUAUUUGGAUCUUUACGAAUUAUCUUUGAAAGACAGGGUCCUGAAAAGGGACGUUUCUUUUUUUGCUGAGUUUAGUAGCAUCACCUACAGUGCAGCUAAAAGGAUCAUGAUCGAAAGCUCUCAACAGGGCAUUUUACUUUUUUUAUGUGCAGAAUUAAGCAGCUCUGGGUGAGGUUUGUGUAUUUUCGACAUAUGUAAAAGCUUUAGAAAAGUAACCAAAGCUGUCAUCAUAGUUGGCAUUCUGUCCACCUGUCUAUUAACUCACUACUGUAGCCUACUGAGUAAGACUGAUUUGAAUACAGUAAUCUGUCUAUGGGAAAAUGAUAGCCUUUGGAAGGUUGUCAGCUUGCCUUUAGAUGCCAUCCCUCUCAACUACUUUCAAUCGGACAACAAAAGACAGUAGACCAAAGAAUUGCCCCCUCUUGAAUCUCUACUGUGCUCUAUAAACCAAUGUACUUUAGCAGGAUCAAAUAAUACAUAAUCUACACAUACACAGACCCUUGUUGCUAGAUGAAGUGCCAACCUCUGUUCUCAUUCAGAUCCUAAAUUGUUAAGAUUUUGAUGUUGAUCACAAUGUUUUAUGAAUGUGUACAUCUCAUUAAGAUGUUUGUCAGGCCUGAUGACAUUUCCCUUUAUGUCAGGAAGAUUUAAACAACAAACAAAAAAAAUGUGCAUCAAUGUACAACAAGUAGGCUACAACCGAAAUGUUGUUAAACCAAAAAUAAAUACAAAGAAAACUGGCUGAUAGAAUUUGAUGUCUCCACCUUUUACCGCUGCCUCUUAGAUCCGUUGGAGACAGAUUUUUACCACUGCCUCUUAGCUCGGUUGGAGACAGAUUUAUAUCACUGCCUCUUAGAUCGGUUGGAGACAGAUUUUUACCACUGCCUCUUAGCUCGGUUGGAGACAGAUUUUUACCACUGCCUCUUAGAUCGGUUGGAGACAGAUUUUUACCACUGCCUCUUAGCUCGGUUGGAGACAGAUUUUUACCACUGCCUCUUAGAUCGGUUGGAGACAGAUUUUUACCACUGCCUCUUAGAUUGGUUGGAGACAGAUUUUUACCACUACCUCUUAGAUCGGUUGGAGACAGAAUUUUACCACUACCUCUUAGAUCGGUUGGAGACAGAUUUUUACCACUACCUCUUAGUUUGGUUGGAGCCUGAUGUGAAUUCCUCUUUUGUAUUCUGAAAUGGGCUCCCAAUCUGUGCUGUGUGGACACUGAUAGCAUCAGAGAUCCUCUGUCUCUGUGUCCGCUUGCCUCAUCUGGCUCUGUCUUAACAGAAGAAACAGUGCCUUUUAGCUGCCGUGGCAUGUCCUGAUGUAUACCAUUUCACCUUAUUCAUUCUUAACACCUCCAAUUCCUCUGCCACUAUCUCUAAGUCCUCUCAGUGGGAUACCAAUUUGUCUAUUUCCCCUCUCUCAGUUCCACUUAGAAGGAUAGCCCCUAUGUGCAGCCAGUGUGUUUUGUGAUAUACAGUAGAUCUAACCAGGAAACUGAACAUAGUUCAGUAUUUUAAUUAUUUAUUUUAUACAAUCAUAUUUGCUCAUCUUUAUCAAGGGUGUCAAUAAUUUCAGACCCAACUGUAUAUGGAGAGGAGAUAUUUAACGAAGGUCAUGACUCCUUCUGGUCACUACCCACUGGGCACACUCUGGUUGAAUCAACACUGUUUCCAUGUCAUUUCACAUUAAAUUGACGUCUGUGUCCAGUGGGUACAUGCCCCACAACACAACCCUACAUGCUAGAUUAGGCAUGUUAACCUUUGAAUCAUGGCUGAAUUGCCAACCUGGAACCUCCUUCUUACAUGGCAACAGCAACCAAAUGAUCUAUCUUUGAAUUGACUUGUUUAACCCUUCAUCUCUCCAUAGCAACACUUCCCUUUCCAGGUCGCUGUUACAUGUAUUAAUGAGAAUGACCUGGUCAAAUCAAGAUAAAAGAACGCAGAACAGGCAGGUUCAGACCAAGGCGGCAUGUGCAAAUGCUGGGCAAAAAAUAUCAGCCAGCCUUGCUAAUAGAUUUGGACAAAACUAAGACAUGCUGAGAAUGUCAGGAUGUUCCAAAUUAAGAUGGUUUAGGCCAAUUUAGUAUAUAUUCUUUGCCAAUUCUCUCGAAUAUUAAUACACAUAAUUGUCAGGAUGUCUUCCUGGAAGCGUUAUGCCUUAUAAAACCAUGCCAUUUCUGCAAUGUUCUGCAGAAGAGGGGAAAUAAAUGUAUGUAAAGGACAUACACUGUACAAUUGCUUUUAUUUUCAGAGCUACAUGUACUGUAAAAGUAGAUAUCAUUAAAAAGAAAAAGCUUUCUGACUUUCUGUCAGAAGGAGAGGAGCUUGUUAUAUUUGCACGGAUAUGGCUGUCAUUGACUUUUAGGUUCAUUCUAAAUGUUUAGCAUCGGAUGACUGUGGCUGCAUCUUAAUGAUCCUAGACUGAAUCUGUCUUGUGCACAGUACUUGCAAAGUGCCAAAGCUAUUAUGCAGUUGGGAGAUUCAUGGCACGUGUUUUGAUCACACAUUAAGAUGGUGAAUUAGUUAGAGCUCGGGUGACGAGACAAGUGUAUCAAAUGUUCGACUUUCUGGAUCUUGAAGGCUGAAUUCCUGCCUGGAUCAGUCCUCUGUUAUUGUGGUUGUGGAGAAAAUGUCAGGUUUUUCCCCCUCAAGGGUUAUCAUUUAUCAUCUGAGAGAAUAUGGCCAUGAGGCAUUUUAUUGAUUUAUUCUGCAGAAAAACAUUUAAAAUGGUUGGUAUGUUUAAUGUGAGUGUCAGCUAGAUGGAAUUGGAAUUAACAAGUGAUAUUGAUCAAAAUAAAUGAUGUGCUAGUAGUUUGGUAUAAGCCAGUGUUCUGAUGCCUUAGCAUUUCAAGAAAUAUCCAGUUUUACUUUUGUGGUUCAACCGGUUUUUCAUCAGUUGUAUUAAUCUCCACUCACCCCCUCCUGAACAUGAGCACAUGCUCCUUAAAAUCUAUUGAAAGGAACUUGCUCCGAAUUCUGCUGUGAAUUCUCUUUGAACCAAAGCUAAUGUUUAAUCUCCAUAGGCUCACCCCAUCCCCCCAGAGCCAUUUGGGCUUCCCUGUUUGAAACAGUUUACCUACACAUUAGCAGUGUGACUGUCUGUCUGCUUUUUUUGUGUUUGGUAUUGUAGGCCUAAGCAUUGUAGGUGAAAGUGCUUUGCUAUUGAUAGGGGGAGAAACAAUGACGCAGUUUUACACACACUCACAACGGCACAGUGCCACCUGCUGAGUCGUACAUCUAAACAAGGCGUAUUUAUACAGGUUCUCCUUUCAUUGGCUUGACUAAUGUGGUUGUCAUGGCAACAUGCUCUCUCACUGUCUCAUACUGCAGUGUGUACAGUUUUAACCUACUGAAAUAUGUUUUAAAGAUGUUUAAUUACAAUAUGUAUUUGCAUAACGCUGAUCAGUGGUUAUGCUGUUUUCAGAUUUUUUAGCAAUACUGUUUUAGCGUUCUAAAUUCAAAAGCAUAGAGACAAAGGUUACACAGCACAAAUGGCACUUAUAGCUUCAUAAUUUCUUCAAUACCCUGUGCACCUGGGUACCCCAACUGUAGUCAUUUAUCAGCAUUACCUUCCUGUGACUGUGGGUUUAUCCAUCCAAAUCAUAGGCGAAAUUGCCGCGGGGAUGGGGGGGACAUGUCCCCCCCCAAUAUUCAGAACAGGUCGAUUCGUGUCCCACCAAUAAUUUAUUUAAAAUCAAAAAAAUAUAUUAUUGGAGGUCAGGGGCCCCCAGAUAGCAUAUGAACACGUCAUAAGCAAUGGCAAAAUGUGUAGAAUUGCAGAAAAUUUGCUUUAGUGGUCGACUUUGGGCGCGAAAAACAGUCCACGUACUGUACAUCACUGGGGCCAAGCUCCUUGCCAUCCAGGACCUCUAUACCAGGCAGUGUCAGAGGACGGAAGGCCCAAAAAAUUGCAAAAGACUCCAGCCACCGAAGCCACACUGUUCGCUCUGCUACCGCAUGGCAAUCGGUACCAAUGCAUCAAGUCUGGAACCAACAGGACCCUGAACAGCUUCUACCCCCAAGCCAUAAGACUUCUAAACAAGACUGCUAAAUAGCUAAUCAAAUGGCUACCCGGACUACCUGCAUUGACCCAUUUUUGCGCUAACUCUCUUGCACUGACUCUAUGCACACACACUGGACUCUACCCACACACUUACACAUACUUACACUGAUACCCCAACACACACAUAUACAGUACACACAGACACACACACACUACAUACACCCACGUACACAUAACAUGCACACAUGUGCAUACUGACGCCACACACAUUUACAUUUACAUUUUAGUCAUUUAGCAGACGCGCUUAUCCAGAGAGACUUACAGUUUGUUACACACACGCGCACACACACUUACAUUCACACUCACCACAUAUGCUAGUCACUUUACCCCUACUUAUAUGUACAGUACAUAGCUACCUCAAUGACCUCGUACCCUGCACAUCGACUCGGUACUGGUACUCCCUGUAUAUAGCAUGUUAUUUUCUACUCCCUAUAUAUUUUUUUGUAUUAGUUAUUCACUGUGUCACUAUUUCAAUGUUUUAUUUUAUUUGUUAUCUUAUAUUUAACUCUGCAUUGUUGGAAAAGGACCCAUAAGUAAGCAUUUCACUGUUAAUCUACAAUUGUUGACUAUGAAGCAUGUGACAAAUAACAUUUGAUUGAUUUGAUUUGAACUCCUCCUCUUUCUCAAAUUUCAAACAGAAAUGGGGUGUGCCUUUGGUGGUUCAUCGUUAUGUCACUCGGGGUAAUGCGCGCCCCGACCGACGUACUGUAGCUAGUUCGUUAGCUAAGCUAGCCACUUGUAGCUAGCUAGUAACUCCUCCAGUAUGUGUUGACGUCAUUUCAAAGGAUUUGCUUUUGGACGGAUCUGUAAAGAUCAGUAAGAAAUUGCACUUCUGUAGCCAAAUAACUUAUUCAUCCGUUUUUGUUUUGUUUUUAAGCAUUAAAUGACCUGGAAUGAUGGUGCAUUAAACAGUUAUACAGUUUAAAGCGGUUAUUUUUUUAUUUUUUAUUUUUUCAAAGUCAACCUUUUUAAAGUAACUGUCCAGUGUUUCUAGAUUUCUAUGAAAUAUGACCAAUAAUUAAUUACAAUAUGAGUGAAAUACUUUUCCUUCCCCAAAAUUGUAAUUAUUUUAAAAAGCAUAUUUUCUGUGUUGGAAUGGUGUGGCUGAGUGGCCAGCUUAUCCUCCUCAUUUUUUAAAUGGUCUGUUUGAGGUGGGGUUUUUUAAGUGUUUUUUCUCCAAUUUAUGCAUUGGCCACAAAAUCGAGUAAUGGAUGAGUCAACAACAUUGUUUUGGUAUGAGUUAACAGAAUAUGAACUUUUAAAAGUGAGAUUUUCACUGGACAGUUACUUUAAAACUGCAACGUUUUCUCUCGCAAAUUGUGAAGAAUAGCAUGAGAAGCUAUAAAACAGAAACAUUUUCUUUUAGACUCAUGACAAAAUGUGUAGAAUAGCAAUAUUAACUUAUUCAUCCGUUUUAAACAUCUGUAAAAGUUUCACUCUGCCCCAUGGCCAAAUGUGUUGAAAUGCAGAAAGUUAGCUGUUUUCCCAAAAACAUAUCUGUUUUUUGUUUUAUUUUGGGGGUUGGACGGCCUUCCACUUAUUCUUCCACUUAUACUGUGUUUUCAAAAUACUCCUCCAUAUACCUCUCAAAAUAACCCUCCAUUUACCCCUCAAAAUACCCCUCCAUAUAACCCUCAAAAUACCCCUCCAUAUACCCCUCAAAAUACCCCUCAGAGGCAUAAUAAGUAGAAUUACAGGAAAUACGUUUUAAAAUGUCAACAACAAAAAAUCAGUGGAGGACGCCCGUCUGUACUGUUUCGCCCUUGAUCCAAAUGUUAUUUGAAUAUACAAAACUUAACAAAAUCAUUAUGACAAAACCAAUAUACAUUUUCUCUAUAGGCUAUACAUUUUACAUUUGAGUCAUUUAGCAGAUGCUCUUAUCCAGAGCGACUUACAGUUAGUGAGUGCAUACAUUUACAUACUGGCCCCCCGUGGGAAUCGAACCCACAACCCUGGCGUUGCAAGCGCCAUGCUCUACCAACUGAGCUACACGGCACUACUAUACUAGAGCCUGUUCACAGCAUUCAAUAAUCAUAUCCAAUUGGCUUUGCAAUACUCUCCAAUGUGUUUGCCUCUUGUUGCUCCAGCUUUGAUAACUACUGUGCAACUCUGAAACAUAAGUCUCAAAACAUGAUCACCAAACUGAGGAAUGAAGACCAAACAUUCUUGUGAUGUGCAAUAUCAAGUACUCUAUCUAACCAGACAUGAUGACACCUGUUUUCUCUCUCUGCUUCAUCCAGCCGUUGGUCUCACCACCUGUCCGGAGCCGAUGGUGCCUGCCAACGGGAUCAAAACAGGGGACAGGUACAUGGUCAACGAAGUGGUGUCAUUCAGCUGUGAACCGGGAUACAUGCUGCAGGUGAGAGCUUCUGCCUUUUAGAAAAUCACGUGUGCUGUAUUCCCACUGCUAUGUCAAAGUGCUAAGCUUUAUCCGAUAAGUAAAUCUGUAGAGAUGUGUGCUGGGUCACAUGUGCAUGCAAGGUAAACUCAGCAACAGAGGCAAACAGUGAUUUGUCUCUGAGUUCAGUGUGCUGAGAGAGAAACCCCCUACCUUUACUUCUGCUGGGAAACUAUUUUCCAGGGCCACUCCCAUAUAUCAUGUAUGCCAGGGACCGUGCGGCGCUGGAACUACCCUCCCCCACUCUGCAUUGGUAAGAACUUUUACUUUGAAAUUGUCACAUUCAAGGCUCUUUUUGACAGUUUCAGUGCUAUUCAUUGUCUGCACUAUUUUACAAUGUGUACCACGCAUGAUGUGCAUUUUCCUUUCCAGCAAGGUGUGGUGGAACAGUACAUGACUUGACCAAUGUUAUUUUAAGUCCUGGAUUCCCUGGCAACUACCCUGGUAACCUGGACUGUACAUGGAGGAUUCUCUUACCAGUUGGAUAUGGUGAGGAACCUGCUAUGAUAACGAUAAUAAGAAGCCAUGGCUAAUGUUAGUAAGGUCAGCGAUAAUAGCUUUAUUUUUUAUAUUAUGUUUUUAUUCAUUUUUAAAUAUAUUAGUGAUUCACAUUUCUGCCUGGAACUAACAAAAGGUAGUCCUUAGGAAAAUGGAUAGCGGGUCACCCUUUAGUUUUCCUCUUGCUUUAUUUAUCUCAAUUUUUAGACCUUUGCUGUCAGUUUAAAUCCGUAAAGCAAUUUACAAGAGAGCUGUUGGUUGCAGCCCACAUAUUGGUGGUGCUUCAUAGUUCAAAUGACUCCAGAACAAAGUAACCAUUCCAGAUGUUAGGUAAUUGUGUGUGAUUUAAAAAGCUAUUCAGGCUUGCCUCUGAGCACAAAUAAUUUUCUUUACCCAACCUAAUAAAAAUAUUGUAACACAUCGAGAUAUCCAAAAGCAAUUUUCUGCCUUAUCAAGCAACCACUCCAAGUAAGAAUAAAAACAAUCAUUUUGUACUGUGUGUAUACCAACAAUGCAUAAGCUUGUGUUGUUUACAGGGCCCAAUAUUAUUUAUAAGACACAAAAAAAUGUUUGGCAGAUGCUGAUUUCAGCUUUUAGGACAGAGUGGGUAGAAUAAAACAUUGUAAGAAAGCGGUAUAUGGAUACAUAACUACAAGAUCAUCCUUCAAUGGAUUGUCCCAUUCAUCACCAAGUGGCAAAUGCUUUCCUCCAGCAUUAGGCCUUGGCCCACCCUUGGACUAACAGAACACAACUUACCAGAAAAACACACUGAAAUGGAUUAUAUUCAUUUCCCACUUCUGUGUCUCCCCUGGAAAAACAUGAGCUGAUCUCAAUGUUAAAUUGCGGAAUCAUUUCUACCAUCAUAACAAAUUAUGAGUUGAAUAGUUUCUCUCAACAUGCUGACAUGAUGUAGCUUGACAAAAAUAGGCUAGCACAAAAGGUGAAAAUAAACCACAUUAAAUGAGCCAUGUUAAUGUCUGCUAAAUGCAUUAAAUGAUUACAACACAUGUCCACAUGCCACAAUUUUUGUUAACAGUUAACACUUUAGGUUAAUGGGACUUGAACCAUUUAACACUUUAAUGCAUGUUUUGAUUACAGUAUAUCUCAUAUAAUGUUUCUGUGUUUUACAGGUGCUCAUAUUCAGUUUUUCAACUUCUCCUCUGAAGACAACCAUGAUUUUUUAGAGGUGCGAAAUGGGCCGCAGCACAGCAGCUCUCUGAUUGGACAGUUCAGCGGAAGUCAGCUGCCGCCCAACCUGCUGAGUACAACACAUGAGACCGUUAUCCACUUCUACAGUGACCACUCCGAAAACAGGCAGGGAUUCAAACUGGCCUACGAAGGUGAGGUAUACUCUGUUUUGAUCAACCAUGUGAAACAGUGUAUUCCCUACCCGUCUAGCUCAGUUUCUUCUAAAAGAGCUUGGUCUCUAUUGGUUUCAAUUGACAAUUUUGGUACUUGAAUAUUGUUUUGGGGGCCUUUGUGCCAUAUCUGGAAAACAGUCUAUGGAAAAGACUGAUGUGAAAUCCUCAUCGACACCGUUUUUAUCUAUCUUCUGUUGAUAUGGUCCCGUAUAGCUCAGUUGCUAGAGCAUGGCGUUUGCAACGCCAGGGUUGUGGGUUCGAUUCCCACGGGGGGCCAGUAUGAAAAAUAUAUGCACUCACUAACUGUAAGUCGUUCUGGAUAAGAGUGUCUGCUAAAUGACUUAAAUGUAAACAUGCUCUAGCUUUCUUUUUAGGACGCAACUCAGAGUGAUUAAAUGUUAAAUACAAAAUAGAUGGAAUGUCAGAUUCAAGGACUUAAGUGCCUGUCAGUUAAAUUAUCUGAGAAUCUGCCCUCUCAGGAUCAUUGAGAGGUUACUCCAUUAUGUGGCUGCUCCCGCCUGGAGAAAACAUUCAGAAUCAAUGGAGAGUGGCAUUUAGAUGUUGAGUGCAUGGCUUCCACCUUACAAGAGAUAACCCUGUAUGUCUUCUUCUCCCACUUCUAGGCCAGAGGGUUCAUAUUCUGGCUUUCCCUCCUCUCCUCUCAGCAAACAAACAACCACAUGGCUAGAAUACCACAUCUAAUUUAGCAAUUGCUGCUUACAGGCUAGUUCAUUGUUGCCUGGCUACCCAAACUUCUUUCUCCGGCCAAACGCUACACCACGCCCACGGACGUUAGUUUCUUCUCCGCAAUGAGUCUGGAUCUGAAUACCUACCCGAAGAUUUCUAGAACGCAAACACAUUCUAACCAUUCUGAUUGGUCCCAGAAACCGAUGGGUUGGGCCAGAGCCAGAACACACGUGGGUAAAGCAGUUUUUUUUAAAGUAUUCAUUGGCGUUGAUACUCUGAUUGGUUAGAGAUGAUCCAAACACUGAUUACUUUUAUAUAACACCCCUCAUUUUGGCGUUCUCAGACUGAAGCCUGUAGCGAACAUAGAACUGCGGAAUAAUUCAAUUUGAGUCGUCAGGCAACGUUAAUUGUAUUAAAAAAAGAAAUGUGAAUGCGAUCGUCAAUUAUCAGCUUUAUCAAGCUUCAUUAGCUUUUGGAGUAACGUUGAUGUAUUUUUAGGUUGAAAUAGAAAAGCUUGAUGGUUUCCUGAUGGCCAUUCUUUGUUGUUGGCAUAUGCUUGAAAUAGACAUGUCACAGUGACAUUUUGUGGAAAUGUGUCUGACAGGUGGCAUGUGUGUUCCAGUACUGUCUCAAAAGGUUAAGUGGGAUGAGUCACCUGUGGUGGAGAGACCACAAAAUUAGUUUGAAAAUGUUUUGUUCAAUUCUGUUUUUAUUUUGUUAUGAUGUAUGUACGUACAUUCCUGUUAUAAGAAUUAUGUGUAACCUCACCUUUUUUUUUCUCCCUCUCUCUCUCUCUCCCUCUCUCUCUCUCUCUCUCUCUCUUUCUCUCUUUCUCUCUCUCUCUCUCGUGUUUUAGCAUAUGAAUUGCAGAAUUGCCAAGACCCUACUCAAUUCCCUAACGGAUAUAUAAUUAAUAAUGACUACAAUGCUGGCCAGUCAAUAACUUUUGAGUGCUUUCCUGGAUACGUUCUGAUUGGACAUCCUGUGCUCACAUGCCAACAUGGAAUCAACAGAAAAUGGAAUCAUCCCUUUCCCCGGUGUGAGGGUGAGCAUGAGUUAAUAUGAUAUAUUUCAGAUGUUUUACCAAAUGCAUCAAUGACUUCUUUGCUUUACAAUUUAUCAAACUCUUUGAGAAUGUAUUUGUUAGGAAGUGUUUAACCCUACACUAGAUAUGAAAAUUCCAUUAUUUAAUCCUCGUAAUGCUCUUGAAGUGAAGUUCUGUUUUGUUACUCUGUACGAAAAAAUGGUAGUGUUUCCCUAAACUGACUCUAAUUACUGCCUUUGAAAACUGCUCCAGUUAAGACCCACACUACUGGGACGUCUUCUAAAUUGCUUCUGAAUUGAGAAAACAAAUUCUAACCGUUCUGGCAAAGGCUUAAUCAAUCAAUACCGCCAAAGAUUUCUCAGAGUCGUCCCAAGCGAAAAAAUUAAGUAUAUUUUAAUAUAUUACAGUAUACUACAGUAUACUUAACUAUACAAAAAUAUUGAAUAAUAUACUUCAAAUACGAGAUGUAUUUUUCUAGUAUACAGUGGCUUGCGAAAGUAUUCACCCCCCUUGGCAUUUUCCCAAUUUUGUUGCCUUACAACCUGGAAUUAAAAUUGAUUUUUUUGGGGGGGGUGAAUUUGAUUUACACAGCAUGCCUACCACUUUGAAGAUGCAAAAUAUUUUUUAUUGUGAAACAAACAAGUAAUAAGAAAAAAACUGAAAAUUUGAGCGUGCAUAACUAUUCACCCCCCCCAAAGUCAAUACUUUGUAGAGCCACCUUUUGCAGCAAUUACAGCUGCAAGUCUCUUGAGGUAUGUCUCUAUAAGCUUGGCACAUCUAGCCACUGGGAUUUUUGCCCAUUCUUCAAGGCAAAACUGCUCCAGCUCCUUCACGUUGGAUGGGUUCCGCUGGUGUACAGCAAUCUUUAAGUCAUACCACAGAUUCUCAAUUGGAUUGAGGUCUGGGCUUUGACUAGGCCAUUCCAAGACGUUUAAAUGUUUCCCCUUAAACCACUCAAGUGUUGCUUUAGCAGUAUGCUUAGGGUCAUUGUCCUGCUGGAAGGUGAACCUCUGUCCCAGUCUCAAAUCUCUGGAAGACUGAAACAGGUUUCCCUCAAGAAUUUGCCUGUAUUUAGUGCCAUCCAUCAUUCCUUCAAUUCUGACCAGUUUCCCAGUCCCUGCCGAUGAAAAACAUCCCCACAGCAUGAUGCUGCCACCACCAUGCUUCACUGUGGGGAUGGUGUUCUCGGGGUGAUGAGAGGUGUUGGGUUUGCGCCAGACAUAGUGUUUUCCUUGAUGGCCAAAAAGUUCAAUUUUAGUCUCAUCUCAUAAAAAAAUAUCAGAAACUUUGAACAUCCCACGGAGCACCAUUAAAUCCAUUAUAAAAAAAUUGAAAGAAUAUGGCACCACAACAAACCUGGUGGGCGGCCCUCUCUUGGCAGGCUUGUUGUGGUGCCAUAUUCUUUCCAUUUUUUAAUAAUGGAUUUAAUGGUGCUCCGUGGGAUGUUCAAAGUUUCUGAUAUUUUUUUAUAACCCAACCCGGAUUUAACUAAUUAUGUAACUUCUGAAGGUAAUUGGUUGCACCAGAACUUAUUUAGGGGCUUCAUAGCAAAGGGGGUGAAUACAUACAGUGAGGGAAAAAAGUAUUUGAUCCCCUGCUGAUUUUAUACGUUUGCCCACUGACAAAGAAAUGAUCAGUCUAUAAUUUUAAUGGUACGUUUAUUUGAACAGUAAGAGACAGAAUAACAAAAAUCAAUCAGAAAGAUUUCUGGCUCCCAGGUGUCUUUUAUACAGGUAACGAGCUGAGAUUAGGAGCACACUCUUAAAGGGAGUGCUCCUAAUCUCAGCUUGUUACCUGUAUAAAAGACACCUGUCCACAGAAGCAAUCAAUCAAUCAGAUUCCAAACUCUCCAUCAUGGCCAAGACCAAAGACCUCUCCAAGGAUGUCAGGGACAAGAUUGUAGACCUACACAAGGCUGGAAUGGGCUACAAGAACAUCGGCAAGCAGCUUGGUGAGAAGGUGACAAUAGUUGGUGCGAUUAUUCGCAAAUGGAAGAAACAUAAAAUAACUGUCAAUCUCCCUCGGCCUGGGGCUCCAUGCAAGAUCUCACCUCGUGGAGUUGCAAUGAUUGAGAAUGGUGAGGAAUCAGCCCAGAACUACACGGGAGGAUCUUGUCAAUGAUCUCAAGGCAGCUGGGACCAUAGUCAUCAAGAAAACAAUUGGUAACACACUACGCCGUGAAGGACUGAAAUCCUGCAGCGCCCGCAAGGUCCCCCUGCUCAAGAAAGCACAUAUACAGGCCCGUCUGAAGUUUGCCAAUGAACAUCUGAAUGAUUCAGAGGAGAACUGGGUGAAAGGGUUGUGGACAGAUGAGACCAAAAUCGAGCUCUUUGGCAUCAACUCAACUCGCCGUGUUUGGAGGAGGGGAGGAAUGCUGCCUAUGACCCCAAGAACACCAUCCCCACCGUCAAACCUGGAGAUGGAAACAUUAUGCUUUGGGGGUGUUUUUCUGCUAAGGGGACAGGACAACUUCACCGCAUCAAAGGGACGAUGGACAGGGCCAUGUACCGUCAAAUCUUGGGUGAGAACCUCCUUCCCUCAGCCAGGGCAUUGAAAAUGGGUCGUGGAUGGGUAUUCCAGCAUGACAAUGACCCAAAACACACUGCCAAGGCAACAAAGGAGUGGCUCAAGAAGAAACACAUUAAGGUCCUGGAGUGGCCUAGCCAGUCUCCAGACCUUAAUCCAAUAAAACAUCUGUAGAGGGAGCUGAAGGUUCGAGUUGCUAAACGUCAGCCUCGAAACCUUAAUGACUUGGAGAAGAUCUGCAAAGAGGAGUGGGACAAAAUCCCUCCUGAGUUGUGUGUAAACCUGGUGGCCAACUACAAGAAACGUCUGACCUCUUUGAUUGCCAACAAGGGUUUUGCCACCAAGUACUAAGUCAUGUUUUGCAGAGGGGUCAAAUACUUAUUUCCCUCAUUAAAAUGCAAAUCAAUUUAUAACAUUUUUGACAUGCGUUUCUCUGGAAUUUUUUAAUAUGUUGUUAUUCUGUCUCGCUGUUCAAAUAAACCUACCAUUAAAAUUAUAGACUGAUCAUGUCUUUGUCAGUGGGCAAACAUACAUAAUCAGCAGUGGAUCAAAUACCUUUUUCCCUCACUGUAUGCACUUACCACUUUUCCGUUAUUUAUUUUUUAGAAUUUAUUGAAACAAGUUAUUUUUUAAAUUCCACUUCACCAAUUUGGACUAUUUUGUGUAUGUCCAUUACAUGAAAUGCAAAUAAAAAUCCAUUUAAAUUACAGGUUGUAAUGCAACAAAAUAGGAAAAACGCCAAGAGGUAUGAAUACUUUUGCAAGGCACUGUAUCUGAAGUAUACGAUAAAUAUAAUAUAAUUACACUUCAACACACUUAAGUGUACUUUAUAUUCAUAGUUUUUUCAGUCUUUUAGUAUACUAUAAAUAUACUAUCAUCAACCUUUAAUACACUUAUUAAAAGUGUACUUUAAAUUCAUUGUUUUUUUAGUCUUUUAGUAUACUAUAAAUAUACUAUCAUCAACCUUUAAUACACUUAUUAAAAGUGUACUUUAAAUUCCUUGGUUUUCAGCCUUAAAGUAUACUAUAUGUUCACUAUCAUUAAACUUAAACACACAUUAAAACUGUACUUCAAUUCCAUAUGCUUCAUUUGUAAUUUAGUAUAUUCAUGAAGCAUUGAUUUAUUUCGAGUGAAACUCUGCUUGUGAGUGAUCAAGUACACUAUAAGUAUAAAGGGCCUUGCAAAAGUAUUCAUACCCCUUGUAUUUCUUGAAAUUGUGUUGUGUUAAAAGCGGGAUUAAAAUUGAUUUAAUUGUCAUUUGUUGUCAACAAUGAACUCAAAAUACUCUGUAAUGUCAAAGUAAAAAAUAAAUAAAUAAGAUUAAUACAAAUUUGAUAACUAAAAUAUAGUCAUUGCAUAAGUAUUCACCCCCUUUGUUUAGGAAAGCCUACAUUAGUUCAGGAGUAAAAUGUGGCUUAACAAAUCACGUGAUAUAUUGGGGGUUGACAUUUUUUUUUUAUGACUAACCCUUCCUCUGUCCCCCAUACAUACAACAUCUGUAAGGUCCCUCAGUCAAAUAAUGCAUUUCAGGCACAGAUUGAAAUACAGACCAAGGAGCCUUUUCGAAAGCCUCAUAAAAGGGUAGUGAUUGGUAGAUCGGUAACAAUAUCCAAUCAGACAUUGAAUAUCUCUUUAAGCAUGGUCCAGUUAAUAAUUAUGCGGUGGAUUAUGUAUUAAACCACCCAGACACAGAUACAGUCGUCCUUCUGAACUGAGCUGCAGGACAGGAAUGAAACUGCUCAGGGAUGUUCCAGUAGGCCAUUGGUGAUUUGUAAAACAGUUACAGAGUUCAAUGGCUGUGAUGGGAGAAAACUGAUAAUGGAUCAACAACAUUGGUGUGACUCCACAAGACAGAGUUAAAAGAAUAAUACAACUAUACAGAAUACAAAUAUUCCAAAACAUACAUCUUGUAUGCAACAAGGCACUAAAGUAUUCUGAAAAAAAAACUUUGGGCCUAAAUGCAAAGCCUUUUGUUUUGGUCAAAUCCAACACAACACAUCACUGAGUAACUGCCGCCUUCUUUUCAAGCAUGGUGGUGGCUGCAUCAUGGUAUGGGUAUGCUUGACAUCGGCAAAUACUGGGGAGUUGUUCAGGAUAAAAAAUAAACGGGUGGAGCUAAGCACAUGCAAAAUCCUAGAGGAAAACCUGCUUCAGUCUUGCUUACCAAGAAGUGAAUGUUCCUGAGUGGCCAAGUUACAGUUUUGACUUAAAUCUGCUUGAAAAUCUAUGGCAAGAUUUGGAAAUUGCUGUGUAGCAAUGCUCACCAACAUGUUGACAGAGAUUGAAGCAUUAAGAAAAGAAUAAGGGGCUAAUAUUGCACAAUCCAGGUGUGUAAAACUCUUAGAGACUUACGCAAGAACACAGCUGUAAUCAGUUCCAAAGGAGUUUCUAACAUACAGUAUAUUGAAUCAGGGGGUUGAAUACUUAUGCAAUGACUAUAUUUUAGUUAUUUCAUUUCUAUCAAUCUUUUCAACAAAAAAAAUAUAGAAAUCUUCCACUUUGACAGAGUAUUUUGUGUUGAAAAUUACAAUUAAAUCAAUUUUAAUUCUACUUUGUAACAAUAAAAUGUGAAGAACUCCAAGGGAUAUGCAUACUUUUGCUAGGCACUGUAGUUUCAGUGCCAAUAAUGAGUUUUGAAGUACUUUCUGAAUUCCUGUUCAGAAGAGUGCAGAGAAAGUUUACAAUAAUAAUAAUAAUAAUGCCAUUUAGCAGACGACUUACAGUCAUGCGUGCAUACAUUUUUACGUAUGGGUGGUCCUGGGGAUCGAACCCACUACCCUGGCGUUACAAGUGCCAUGCUCUACCAAUUGAGCUACAGAGGACCAUGAUAAUAAUCAUUUAUUCCAUAUAAGGAAACAUGCACAUAUCUCAAGAAAAUAUACUUAAGUAUACUUUCAAAAAAGUAUAUUUAACUUAAAUGUCUACUAAAUAUAUUUAAAGUAUACUUUCAAAAACGCAUGAGCACAAACAUUUUCAUAUUACCCAGCAUCCUUUUCUGCAGCUGAAGUUUUGAUUUAUAAUAGGAUAGUGUUCCUCAUAUUUAGCUUAUUCUAAUAUUUUGAUGUUCAUUUUCAAACUGAAUAAUGUUGUACUUUUAAAUACACAUUACAUUUUAUUGAAAUGUUAACUUAUUACCGUAAUGUGAAUAACUAAAGUGUGAAAUGCCAAUGGUGCACAGUUCUCAAAAGCGUUACUUGUAAAUUGCUGCUCCAGCUACAUCCGCUUUCUAAAUAGUAUGUUAACAUUGGCUGAGAAGAUGCCUUGGUCAAUCAAGGUAACCUUUACAUGGCUAAUUACAAUAGCUGAUGUGCUUAAUUAGUAGAAGUGUAUUUGUAAAAGUAUACUUGAAACACAGCAUAAAUACACUAUUUAAAAAAGAAAAUACAGGAAUUCGAAUUCAAAUAUUUUUUUUUUUAUAAUUAUAAUUUAUGAGAAAUAUACAUAAUAUGUUCCUGAGGUGUAUUCGAAGUAUAUUUGUUUUGCUCUUUAUCUAUACUAAGAAUAUACUUAAGAACAAAAAAAGUGUCCCAAUUUAGAUAAUUUUAAGUGUAGUUAAUAUACUUAAAUGCUAAUAAAAUACGACUAAAAUUGACAUUAAAUGCAAUAAAUGUUCCAAUUUAGAUUAUUUUAAAUAUACUUAAAAUAUGUUAAUAAGGUAUAAUUUAAGUAUAUAAAAAAUAUAUAUAUAAUCCCACUUGGGGUCCCUCAUUCAACCACACUUUUCAGCAUCAGGGUAUUGUGUUUUUGCAGUGUAUUUGGUGUGUUCGGUUCAUGUUGAAGUAUCUAAAGUCAUUGCCGCAUCCCUUUUUAGUUUCAAAGCUCAAUGUGCAGAAUUGACUAAUCCCGGAAAACAGGAAGAGACACCAUGAUAGUGCAAUAAAGUGUGAGGUUUACUCUGUUGUCAACACAGUCAAAACUAUCAUGAUUGCUGCUCAUAUUUCAUCUGCAAGUAGUACAGUAUACAGAAUUUGCAGACAAAUAUUUGAAAUGAAGGUUCAAUUGGUGAAGUAAUGCUCUUAAAUUGUUAGCAGACAAAGCCAAGCAAAGCUACCGAGACCAAUCCACUUAACAUCAAUUCCCACUACAUGCUACACAUACCCUCUGUGAUGAUACUGCUCCCUUUUCCGUUCUACUGCAGCGCCAUGUGGCUACAACAUGACAGCUCAGAAUGGCACCAUAUUCUCGCCCGAAUACCCAAAUGAGUACCCUAACUCACAGGACUGCACCUGGCUUAUCAUCGUGCCACAUGGACAUGGCAUUUACAUCAACUUCACCCUGCUUCAGACGGAGCCUGUCACGGAUUACAUUGCUGUAUGGUAAGGGAUUAAUGAUUCUCCCAACGCCCAUCGGUUAAUCAUUGGCUGAUAUGUAUUUUCUAUUAAGAACUACCAUUUACAUCACAGCAUAGGAAGAUAUACUAAGAAUACAGCAAGACAGGAAACAAAUCAUCAUAUUACUGUACAGUGCAUGUUGCCUUAACUCCCUUUACUAGUGAAGAUGCACUUGAAUGUCACAAUAGAAUAAUUUGCGUCACUCAAGAGUGGAUUAAAACACUGUAUAUCAAUGGGGAAAAUACACACUUUCUGUCACAAUACAGACCUCUGUGAGUUAUAUAAGUUAUUCAUAUUCGAAGCCAUUAAAAGAGGCCAGGAGUCUGUAAAGUCAUCAUUUUUAGCUUUUUCAUUCAACACAGUCUGUAAUUUAAUGCUUUUAUAUGAAAGUGAGCACAAAUCUUGCUAUAGAUUUGAGAACAAAUCAAUUCAACCAAGACACACUGAAAUGCUGGACAUUAUUGUACUCUUUAACAUGUGCGUUAUAAAUGUAAUGCAUUUUCAAUGUCUUCUGGUCUCUUCCAGGGAUGGCCCUGAGCAGAGCUACCCACAACUUGGGAUUUUCAGUGGUAAUACGGCGCUAGAGUCAGCCUACAGUUCUUUCAAUCAGGUCCUUAUCAAGUUUCACAGUGACUUCUCCACAAGUGGAUUCUUUGUCCUCAAUUUCCAUGGUUAGUUUCUCUUCCAAAUCAAAAAUGUUGUAGCUAAAAUGCAAUGAAUGCUGUUAAGGCUUGCUGAAUCACUGUUUAAAAAUAUAUCAGAAAUAAAGUAUUCUCAUGUUUUUACUAUGAGUUCGGGUAAGUGUAGUCAAUUUUAGUGUAGCAGUUUGUAUUUAUAUAUCCCUUUAUUUUGUUUUAUAACCUAUCAAUGCGGGUGACAUAUUUGAUAAUGAUGUUUUUCAAAUGGAUACAAUUAUGUGAUUUAAGGAAUAAUUUCUCCAUGUUGUAGCCAUCAUUUGCAAACAGAGUUUGGCGAAAUACUUAUUAUUUCUCUCCUCCAGCCUAUCGCCUGAAGAAAUGCCCACCUCCCCCGACAGUGGAAGAAGCUGAAAUAGUAUAUGAAGAUCAAGAUUAUGAAAUAGGUUAGUGUGCACCAGGGAGAUGAUAAACAGAGGGUUAUCCACACAUUCAUCAUUUAUUAGUUGCAGUGGAAUGUCAGGCAGUGAUCCGCUACUUGUUUCAGUUCAAACAUGUUCCUAUGUGACUUUGAAUCAAAGAGGGUAUACUGUACCAUGGUGGAGUGUGAACCUCAUUCUUGCUCAGGCUUGAAGGGGAAAUUGAAUUGAAAUGUGUUACAUACAUAUUGUCACUAAUGCUGCAGUUUUUGGACAACCAUGUUAGGGUUAUAACCAGUGUUGUAGUAUUCAAGACCAGUCUUGGUCUCGAGUCCAGUCUCGAGACACAUAUUGAGUGUCUCGGUCUUGUCUCGGUGCCAGAUACAUUUUUGCUCGGUCUCAGACAAUGAGAACUCUUAAUUUCUUGCUGAGACCAAUCGAGACCAGCGGAGUGAAAAACUCAUAAUUAUCAGCUCCCAUUCAGUCAGCCCAUAAAACCGCUUUGCCAGGCCAAAUGUCGACACUCCUUCAUGACACAUUAAUAUCUUAUUGCCUAUUGAAACCUGGGCUUCCUACUUUUCUUAUAACAUUAGUUACCUACUGUCCUUUACUUUCGUUGAAAGAUAUUCUCAAACUUUGUCGCGCUCAUCAGAAUUUCCUUGAUUCGCUGGUAUGGAAGAGUGGGGGACAUUGUUUGAAAGUUGCACACUUUUCAUUAGUAAGGGGAGUCCGGGGGAAGCUGUAACAUGGCUUUUUAUCUAUUAUAGACCUCGUCGGGUUAGUGGUAAUUUAUGAGUGGCUCUCUAUUUGCCCUCAGCAUGCAUUUUCUCACCAUUCUGAAUGUCUAAAGAAUCCAUAUGUUCUUCUGAAAUAUGAACACAGAAAUACUGGACAUUUUGACCUCUUAAUAUGGUGAUGAUUUGACACAAUUAUAAUCAUGGUCUUGAAUUGGACUCACAUUUUUCUGGUCUCGGUCUUGACUUGGUCUUGGACCCUUCGACCGCUCCCGGUCUCGGUAUUUGUUCCGGUCUUGAAUCAGUCUCACUUUAGGUGGUCUCGAACACAACACCGGUUAUAACACAGGCUGUUAUGUAAUAUAGCUGUUGGUAUUGUCUCUAGAGACAUAACCUUAACAUCCAAUGUAGGUUUCCAUCAGAUGUUGAUAAUGUCACAUCUGCUAUAAGAUGUAUGAAAUAAUUAUUUUGUCCAGGAGACAUUGUGAAGUAUCGCUGCUUCCCUGGAUUUACACUGGUAGGCAACAGUGAGCUUACCUGUAAGCUCAACUCUCAUCUCCAGUUUGAGAGUCCUCCGCCUACUUGUGAAGGUAAGAGAAUGUUCUGACCGGCCUUUUCUGAUUAUUUUUAUUUAUCUUUUUUUUCCUUGGAAAGUUAUAACAGGAGGUGAACUUUCAGCUCAGAUUGUUCCAAUAAAUGAUUUAUUUUAUCUGCUUUUACAAGCAUGUCAGUUUGCUGCCCUUUGACAUUCUAUCCAAAUCAAAUCAAAUUGUAUUUGUCACAUUUUCCCCGAAUACAACAGGUGUAGACCUUACAGUGAAAUGCUUACUUGCCAAGAUCCUUGUUUCCUUGCAUCGUUAUGAUGACUCCGUUAUACUACAGUAUUAUUAGGCAUUGAUUCAAAGUUGUGUGUAUCACCCUGGUAAAAAAAACAAACAACCUUUUUUUGUCAUGGUAGUGCAGUGCUGCUAGUGCCUCUGUGUCUCUUUGUAAUCAGAGCUCUAACAGAAGUGAGUCACAGAUUUAAUGGCUUAUUCAUACAUAUCAUUUCUAAUUAUAGUGCCAACGCGUUGACACAGAUGGGAGGCAGCACUAUGUCUCUAUUAAAGCACAGUACAAAGCACUACCAAGCCUUUUUGGGGAGAUAUGGAGAAGCACAGCAGAGUUUCCUUGAAUGUUGAAAUUCCGUAAUGGAGCUAAGCAGCUAUGGUCCAUUCGGUUUGUUUUAUUUGCCCACAGGGUAGAAUAUGAAAAUGGAAAAUGCCUUCACAUUAUUUAUUGUCGUAGAUCACUAACCCUGAGCCCAUUUGGUUUUGCAACCUGAAGAGGUUCACAAGAACUACAGUUGAGGUGAUAAAGAUGUGUACUGUAGCAACAAUUACCUUUUUCACAUGAGUAAUUCUUGUCUGCUUGUGUUUGUUGUGCUUUUAGCCCAGUGUCCUGCAAAUGAAGAACGCGCCUCCUCAUCCGGGGUUAUCCUUAGUCCAGGUUUCCCUAAAAACUACCCCAAUUCUCAGACCUGCUCCUGGGUCAUCAGAGUUCAACCUGCGUACACUAUCUCCAUCUUCGUGGAGAUGUUUCAGAGUGAGAAGCAGUUCGACGAACUUGAGAUCUUUGAUGGUAGUUUCCUUUUCCAACAGCCAACUAAGUCACACACGAUGGCUUUUUUGUGCAGUUUUUAAAUGCUUAUGCGAUGUCAGCGAUGCGUAACAUUUUAAAAAAUACUCUACGACGAGCACUGUAAUCUUUUAGUGUUUCUUUUUAUCCGUUAGGACCAUCUGGCCAGAGCCCUUUGCUGGUGGCCCUUAGUGGAAAUCAUUCCACACAGUUAAACUUUACAAGCAAGACCAACCACCUUUACCUGAGAUGGUCCACUGAUCAUGCAACCAGCAAAAGAGGGUUCAAAAUCCGCUACACAGGUUUGUAGUGCAUAACCAUAUGUUUCCUUUUGCGAUAAGACAUUAUGUUUCACAUUUGCUUUGGGGAUGCCUACAGCUUUGCAUCACAAUUCUUAAUGGGGAGACUGUUAUGUUUCGAGAUUACUUCUACCCCCAUGCCAUAAGACUGCUAAAUAGUUAAUUAAUGGUUACCCGGACUAUCUGCACUGACCCUAUCUUGCACUGACUCUAUGCACACUCACAAGACUACAGUAUAUACUGUAUACACAUGCUCACACACACACACUACACUGACACUCUCACACAAAACCCACACACAUUCACAUACACUACACACCCACACACACACACAACACACACGCAUACCGGCAAUACAAACACACAUACACACACACGCAUACGACACAACACAAACACACAUAAACACACACACACUUUUACACUCAUCAUAUGCUGCUGCUACUCUGUUCUUUAUUUUACUCUUAUUAUUAUAUAUCCUGAUGCCUAGUCACUUUACCCUGAUUUCAUGUACAUAUCUACCUCAGAUCCCUCGUACCCCUGCACAUUGAUCUGGUAAUGGAACUCCCUGUAAAUAGCUCCACAGUGAUCUGGUAAUGGUACUCCCUGUAAAUAGCUCCACAGUGAUCUGGUAAUGGUACUCCCUGUAAAUAGCUCCACAGUGAUCUGGUAAUGGUACUCCCUGUAAAUAGCUCCACAUUGAUCUGGUAAUGGUACUCCCUGUAAAUAGCUCCACAGUGAUCUGGUAAUGGUACUCCCUGUAAAUAGCUCCACAGUGAUCUGGUAAUGGUACUCCCUGUAAAUAGCUCCACAUUGAUCUGGUACUGGUACUCCCUGUAAAUAGCUCCACAGUGAUCUGGUAAUGGUACUCCCUGUAAAUAGCUCCACAGUGAUCUGGUAAUGGUACUCCCUGUAAAUAGCUCCACAGUGAUCUGGUAAUGGUACUCCCUGUAAAUAGCUCCACAUUGAUCUGGUACUGGUACUCCCUGUAAAUAGCUCCACAGUGAUCUGGUAAUGGUACUCCCUGUAAAUAGCUCCAUUCUUGUGUUAGUUUUUAUUUUUAUUAUAAUUGUUUUACUCUGCAUCGUUGGAAAAGGCUUGUAAGCAAGCAUUUCACGGUUAAGUCCACACCUGUUGUAUUCGGCACAUGUGACAAAUACAAUUUGAUUUGUACGAAUUCUGAAACAUUUGAACUAAAGUACAUUCAAAAUGGGGGAAAAGCACCAUAGCCUUUUCCUCUGGUAUGGGUGUCAGAGAAGAUUAUACACCAGCGUCUGUCCUCUGAGGCAGUUGCUUUGGUCCCAAUUUAGGUCAAAGAGUGUGAGGAAGUCAGACUUUUCCAAGUUAGCCCUCAUUAGGCUGGGCCCAGACAUGUAUACCUGCAGGGAUCCUUUUGCAAGUCCUCCAUAAUAGAGGUCAAAGAUCCCAUAAUGAAUUUGGCUGAAUAACUGCCAUGUCCAGUGCCUCAAACAGACAUUUCAACCAAUGACCAAACAUGAUAUAUAGCUCACAAAGCCCAGUGGCAAUGAUUACUCUCCAUUUCUUUUCUCUUCUUUUCUCUCCCUCUGCCUUUUCUGUCACUUUUCUUCUCUCUAUUCAUUUUAGUCGAUCCUUUUGCCACUCCAGCCCCUGUGCUAGUUAUUAUUCCAGUUUGUUUCCACGUUUCCCCAUUUAUUCAAUUUGCCAUCCCUUGUGCUGUGGAGAAGAAAUUAAUGAUUCGGAGUAAAAAAUGGUUACAUUGCAUUGAGGCCUGACGUGUCAGAAUGAGUGAUGGUUUCUGAAGGCUUCAGAAUGGCUAACAUGGUGCUGUCAGACUGUGUAAAAGGCUUUUUAAAUAAUGCAGGGAUGUUGAACACAGAGACUGUAAUACACCUCUGCUUGAUCUUUACAAAACUGCUUUGGGAGCAAAGAAGUUUUUAUCCAGCCAGAGGAAUUUUUUCCCCCUUCGUCUUUAACAGUCCAUUGGGCAUUCAUCAAAGUAAAUUAGAAUGAUAUGCUGCCUGGAGUUUUAACAUGUGGUCUAAUCACCCAGAACCUAGACUCAACCAUUUAGUACGAUUAAUCUGAUGGAUGGUUUUAACUUAGGGCAGAGGAUUUUGAGAAUUCUGGAAAAUACUUAUGUAAUGUCAUGUUAUACAAAUUUAAUGUAAUAUAAAGUACUAAUGUAUAUGUAGCGUAUAUCGUUAAUCAUUUAGAUGGUGGAAUGAUAUAGAAAACACUUAACAUGCUCUUUUUUUUCAAUUUAGCUCCUUAUUGUAGCAUUAAUGACCCACCUGGAAAUGGAGGGGUGUUUAAUCGAACAAGAGAGCACCCAGGAAGCAAGCUUCAGUACUAUUGUUAUGCUGGCUACAGGCUCGUGGGCCCCAGAAAUUCCACCUGCCGGUUGCAUCGGAAUGGACUGUAUCAUUGGGAUGCCCCAGCUCCACUAUGUCAAGGUAAUGCAGAGCUGCGAAUGACAUUUACUGACUCGAGGGGGAUUCACUAUAAUCUUAUGUCUGGAGGCUCCCUCUUGUCACAAUGUGUUUGUGUCUGCACAAAUCUGGAGGAAUUGUGAUUCAUUGUCUUUCUUUCUUUCUUUUUUCUCUUUGCUCUUCAACAUAGCAGGCUACAAUUCAUUAAUAUUUCCUAAUGUCAUAAUAAUAUAUAUAAUGAGUCUUUUAACAAACUUUGUUCAGAAGUAUAUCAUUGACAGUUAUGUAAAAGGCCCUUUUUUAUAUUAUGUUAAUUAGUGUGACAGCCCGUUGCUCUAAGCAAAGGAUAUGUAUAUUUGCAUAAAGGAAUAGAGGAUAAGGUGGAGCUAAUUACUUCUGGGGGUUGUAUCUGUACAUGCCUGUUUACGAGCAUGCAAGGCAAUUAUCUCUUUAAAUGUACUGUGUCCCCACAUUUGUGGUAAACUACAGGUGGGUAACUAGCGUACAAAACAAUGGAGCUGUUUGUUAUUCUCACUAAACCUGAUUGUAAAUUAUAAUUCUAUUAGAUAAGAUUGAUUGUUCCACAGUAUUCUAAACAUGGUAUUUGAAUGGUAAAUGUUUGUUUAAGCAAAUUAAUGCCACAAUCUUCAAGGGAAAUAUCUGGUUUCCAUAGUACCCUAAUAGUUGGAACAUACACACUUUGCUUACUUCCUCUUUAUCCCCUUUGAGAUAUAAUGCCACUGAAGUCAGAACACUUCACGUUAUACCCUUUUAUUAGAAGUGGCCAUAGUGUCCACUAAUUAUGUGCCAUCAUUUCUGUAAGUGCUUAGAGUAAUCCAUGCAGCUGAGGUCAUCGUUUGAUGAGUGUAUCAUAUUAAUAUUUUAAUAUCUUUUCAUCGGCAGCUAUAUCUUGUGGAAUCCCUGAGUCUCCUGCCAAUGGUUCAUUCCAUGGUUUCCAGUACACAGUGGGAAGCAAAGUGAACUACCAGUGCAAUGAAGGGUACAGGAUGGAGACAAGUCUCCCAACGAGCGCCGUCUGUCUGGAGGAUGGGACAUGGAGCAACGCUGCACACCCACCUCUUUGUUUACGUGAGAAAAAUAACCUUUGUUUCUAUGCCAACAGUAUGAUGGUCCUCUGUAGCUCAGCUGGUAGAGCACGGCGCUUGUAACGCCAAGGUAGUGGGUUCGAUCCCCGGGACCACCCAUAAACAAAAAAUGUAUGCACGCAUGACUGUAAGUCGCUUUGGAUAAAAGCGUCUGCUAAAUGGCAUAUUAUUAUUAUUAUUAUUAUUAUUAUAAUAAUAAAUUCCCCUGCCUCAUUGAGCCAAUGCAGUCAAUGCAGGUCUCAUUAAUGUCCUCCUUAGAGAGUAAUGUGGAGCAGGUAGCGGGUGAGAUGAGAGCAAUAAUGACUAGAUUGUUGCGGUUAAGCACUCACAAAAAACUAAUGGUAGGAUGCAACCCGCCCCUAGAGGCCUGCUUUACCAGAAACACACUAAGCAAUCAUGUUGGAGUCAUUUUGGGACAUGACUGUAUAAAUUACAUUUUAAUACCUCAAUGAAUGUGAUGUAUGUGAAUAUAGUAUAUAUAACAAAUACUUUUAUACUCAUUAUACUUUCUAGUUUUAUAUCAGAAAGUGCUUUGGCAUUUCUCAGUUUUAACAAUAGAUAGAAUAUAAUACUCUCUAUACUGGACAUAAACUGAUAAUGCACAUAAGGCUUUUAGAAUAUUAAAUUGCCAAAUAUAGAGAAAAGAAAGGAAAUAGAGAAAUGUAUCUCUGUCAUGUCUGGCUUUUUGAGUGUGUUCCAUUAAAUCUGGCCUGUUCUCUCACCCCCACAGCAAUCCAGUGCCCUUACAUUGAGAGCAUGCUCUCAGAACACAUGGUGUGGCGGCUGAUCUCGGGGUCACUGAAUGAAUUUGGAGCUCAGAUAAUGCUAAGCUGCACUCCUGGUUUCUACCUGGGAGGCAGGAGGACCAUCAAGUGCUUAGCUAAUGGUACCUGGGCUGGAAUCGAAGAGAGGUCUACCUGCAAGAGUAAGAUACAGACUAUACAUCUACCACCAAGCUGCACUGCUUAGAGUUAUGGAAAAAUAAUAGGAAUAAUUAUCAUUCAUGAGGAUGGAGCACAAAAUAGUUGACAUUUUGAGUAUUAAUAGUACCUUGUUCUAAUUACUGAGAGCAAUUUCAUUGUCUGGCCAGAGCUGUUAUUCACACUGGCAGUUAAUACGUCUGAAAUCCUUCCUCUUUGUGGCUCCCAGUGUAUUUCUGGACUGAUGCAUGCAUAAUCCCCAGGAUCUGGUGUGGGCAGGAUCUGGUGUGGGAGCUGGGAAGUCACAAGGCAGUAUCCAAUCAUUUGUUUUGAUCACAGCUCUCCCUAUUUCCUCUGCAUAGACUUGCUGCGUAAACAAUAUACUGUAGUGGUGAUGAAGUAAUCAGGGAAAAUACACUCUGGCUAAUUAGAGGUCAGAGGGAGAAUGUAAAUAUUCUGAUUAGCGGGGACUUCAUAUUUAAUAGUUUUACAUGCCACAGUGAACAUGCAAAGGUACAUUGGCCUUGGCUUUGAUUGGGUGCAUCUAGGAGCCCCUGAUAAUUUCUGAUCAUUCCAUGUGUGCCUUUUUUACGGGGAAGACAUACAGUAUGCUGCAUGAGUACUCAUUUGUAUGUAUAGCCGAUGCAAUUACAUACUCUGUUUAGCGCCUCUUUUUUAUUCAUGUGGUGAACCAGACUGUAUGUGAAUUGAAAGAAGGUGAAUGCACACAGUGAUCCGCAGGGCACUGCUCUGCAUAGUUCCUUAAAAGUUUUCCCUCUUUAGUCAUUCCACUUGAAUCUGGUAGACAAACAAACAAGCACACUGUUGCGUACAAUAGAACGAUAUGACAAAACAGAAAUAAGGGUAAUAUACAGUAUAAUGCCUGUUGGCAUAAUGGCCAGCAAUAUGUGUUUACAAAAGGUAGUUGCAUAUUCAAAUUAUUGUAACAUUUACAGGUAAUUUGUUAGGGCUGAAUCAAUCAGCUGCUGUAAGACACGUUUCACUUCCCCAUUUAGUGUUCUAGUACAAAUACACAAUACUCUGCAUACCUUUCAUCCAGGGAUAUCUAGUAACUAGAUCAAAAUUCUCCACUAAUCAUUCCUCAUUGUGGAAUUUGUUUCCACUCAGGCACAGUGGCGUGCAACCAAGUAUAACCCAGUCUCUGAUUGUCUGUGUCACUUCCAGUUAUCUCGUGUGGGGACCUCCCCUCUCCUCCCUAUGGCAACAAGAUAGGAACCCUGACUACGUUUGGCGCCACAGCGAUCUUCAUGUGUAAUACGGGCUACACACUGGUUGGGUCACAUGUGAGGGAAUGUGGGACUAAUGGGCUCUGGAGCGGAGUGGAAACCAAGUGUCUUGGUACAGUAUAAAUGGUUUUCUAAUGCUUAAGUUUUCUUUCUUUUCUCAUCCCGGACGAGACCCAAAAUUGUAUCAUCCUGGACGAGUCCCCAAUUUUAUGAUCUUGUAUUAGCCCCAAAUGGGCUUGCACAUCUUUAUGGUUUUCACAUCAUUAUGCCAAAAGCACAUUAAGAUUCCUCAGGUUACAGUUGUGUUUACAGUUUCAAACUCUUGAAGGUCAUGAUUUCUCUUCAAUUACCAGCGUCCAAAAUGUUAUGUAGGAAACUUUUUAUGUUGAUCCUUCUAUCCAUGAGAUUUAAUCCGAACCCAGCAGUCAACUCCAAAAUGUCAGUUAAAAAUGAAGAUAUACCACCCCUCAUUAUUAUCAAUUAGAUUAUUGAUUAGAUUAAAUUAUAGAGGCAGUUCUCCCCACAAAUACAUUCAUUAUUGGGGGAAGAAAGGAUAAAAUACAUUUUUAUGUGUUAUAUCUUUUUAUAUGUCAAAGUGCCAAAUAGUUUUACAGUCCUGAGAAUAUUUUAAAAGAUUUGUGUUAGGGAAUAAGAAGAAAGUUUGCAUCACAAAUGUACUUUUUCAUGCCAAUCCAUACUAAUGUAUCAACUAUUUUAAGUUUUAUCUAACUGAAAAAGUUAUACAAUUAUUUGGUUUAUUCUCCCUUCUAGCUGGCCACUGUGACUCCCCUGAUCCAAUCAUCAAUGGUCACAUAAGUGGAGAUGGCUCCAGUUAUCGUGACACUGUUGUCUAUCAGUGCAACCUGGGCUUUCGCCUUAUUGGAACAUCGGUUCGGAUCUGUCAACAGGACCACAGAUGGUCUGGAAAUGCUCCUGUUUGUGUUCGUAAGUGCAAUAACUUUGGUUUUCUUUAUUGUCCCUAUCGAUUCUCCCUUAACAAUCAGAGAUUUACAGGAAUUCUCCACGUUUAGGUGGUGGGCCGAAGCUUAAAAAACGUGAAGUUGAUCGAUCCCCAUCAAGGGAGGAGCUGAUUUUUUUUUAGAUGACAAUAAAACAUUCUUAUGAUGACUAUAACAUUUGUUGUCACCUUCAGUUCUUGCACACUUACUCAUAAAAAGUAUUCUCAGGAAAAUUUGCCAAACUGCUAAACUUGGAACUAAUCAGAACUCCCGUACAUACACCUCGUGAUGAAGGCAGCCAAUGGCCUGCUUCUAUCUAAGAUGUAAACACAGCCUCACCUAAAACCCGAGCUGCUGUCUGUGUGUGAUGAAGACUGAAAUAAGAUAAAUAUCUGUUUUCAAGUGCACUUGAAAUAUUCCACUGGGCACAGACGUCAAUUCAACGUUUACAGUAUUCCAUGUUGGUUCAAUGUAAUUUCAUUGAAAUGACGUGGAAACAACGUUGAGUCAACCAGUCUGUGCCCAUUGGGAUGCAGCAUGCAAUACAAAUUGGCUUGAUCAUUUGAAGAAGUAACUCUGUUAAUCACACGCCAGGCCUAGUAUUCAUAGCUGACUUUGAAAAGGCAUUUGAUAAAGUAAGACUAGAAUUUAUAUAUACAGUGCAUUCUGAAAGUUUUUAGACCCCUUGACUUUUUCCACAUUUUGUUAUGUUACAGCCUUAUUCUAAAAUGGAUUAAAUGCAAAUUUUUCCUCAUCAUGCUACACAUAAUAACCCAUAAUGACAAAGUGAAAAGAGGUUUUUAGAAAUGUUUGCUAAUUUAUUAAACAUAAAAAACUGAAAUACCUUAUUUACAUAAGUAUUCAGACCCUUUGCUAUGAGACUCGAAAUUGAGCUCAGGUGCAUCCUGUUUCCAUUGAUCAUCUUUGAGAUGUUUCUACAACUUGAUUGGAGUCCACCUGUGGUAAAUCCAAUUGAUUGGACAUGAUUUGGAAAGGCACACACCUGUCUAUAUAAGGUCCCACAGUUGACAGUGCAUGUCAGAGCAAAAACCAAGCCAUGAGGUCUAAGGAAUUGUCCGUAGAGCUCCGAGACAGGAAUGUGUCAAGGCACGGAUCUGGGGAAGGGUACCAACACAUUUCUGCAGCAUUGAAUGUCCCCAAGAACGCAGUGGCCUCCAUCAUUCUUAAAUGGAAGAAGUUUGGAACCACCAAGACCCGGCUAAACUGAGCAAUCGGGGGGGAAGGGCCUUGGUCAGGGAGGUGACCAAGAACCCGAUGGUCACUCUGACAGAGCUCCAGAGUUCGUCUGUGGAAAUGGGAGAACCUUCCAGAAGGACAACCAUCUCUGCAGCACUCCACCAAUCAGGCCUUUAUGGUAGAGUGGCCAGACGGAAGCCACUCUACAGUAAAAGGCACCUGACAGCCCGCUUGGAGUUUGCCAAAAGGCACCUAAAGGACUCUGACCAUGAGAAACAAGAUUAUCUGGUUUGAUGAAACCAAGAUUAAACUCUUUGGCCUGAAUGCCAAGCGUCACGUCUGGAGGAAACCUGGCACCAUCCUUACAGUGAAGCAUGGUGGUGGCAGCAUCAUGCUGUGGGGGUGUUUUUCAGCGGCAGGGACUGGGAGACUAGUCAGGAUCAAGGGAAAGAUGAACGGAGCAAAUUACAGAGAGAUCCUUGAUGAAAACCUGCUCCAGAGCGCUCAGGACCUCAGACGGGUGCGAAGGUUUCACCUUCCAACAGGACAAUGACCCUAAGCACACAGCCAAGACAACGCUGGAGUGGCUUUGGGACAAGUCUCUAAAUGUCCUUGAGUGGCCCAGCCAGAGCCCGGACUUGAACCCGGUUGAACAUCUCUGGAGAGACCUGAAAAUAGCUAAGCAGUGAUCUGCAGAAAAUAAAGUGAGAAACUCCCCAAAUACAGGUGUGCCAAGCUUGUAGCGUCAUACCCAAGAAGACUCGAGGCUGUAAUCGAGGCCAAAGGUGCUUUGUCAUAUUUUUUAUUUUUUUUAUUUUUUUAUAGUACAUUGUAUUCCUUUUUCUCCCCAAUUUCGUGAUUACGAUCUUGUCUCAUUGCUGCAACUCCCCAACGGGCUCGGGAGAGGUGAAGGUCGAGUCAUGCGUCCUCCGAAACAUGACCCGCCAAGCCUGCGCUUCUUAACACCCACUCGCUUAACCCGGAAGCCAGCUGCACCCAAUUUGUCGGAGGAAACCGUUCAACUGACGACCGAAGUCAGCCUGCAGAUGCCUGGCCCGCAACAAGGAGUCGCUUUUGCAAACAUUUCUAAAAACCUGUGUUUCACUUUGUCAUUAUGGGGUAUUGUGUGUAGAUUGAUGAGGGAAACAAUGAAUUUAAUCAAUUUUAGAAUAAGGCUGUAACAUAACAAAAUGUGGAAAAAGUCAAGGGGUCUGAAUACUUUCCGAAUGCACUUUAUAUAUAUAUAUAUAUAUAUAUAUAUAUAUAUAUAUAUAUAUAUAUAUAUAUAUAUAUAUAUAUAUAUAUAUAUAUAUAUAUAUGGGGGAUACAACCAUCCCAGCUCUGCAGAUUAUUUUGCGAAGAGACAGAAUCAUUAGAUCAUUUGUUUUGGUACUGUCCAUAUGUAGCUUGUUUUUGGUCGCUGGUUCAGGAAUGGCUGAAGAAUUGCAACAUUUACCUGGAGCUAACUCUGCAAAUAGCACUGCUGGGUGAUUUAAUAAGUCAUAGUCAAUCGAUCAAUAAUGUAAUAAUACUCUUAGCAAAAAUGUUUCUUUAAUUUACAAUCUGUAGAAAGUAUGAGAAUAGAAAGGUUCAGAACUUUUGUGAAACAUCACAGCACAGUUGAAAAAUAUAUGGGAAAUAGAAAUCAAAACUGGAUGGUGUUCAGAGAUAGAUGGGAGGGGUUGAGUGGAGCUGAAGGAUGGGACUAAAAACAAACAAAAGAUAACUAUUGUAAAAUAUACUGUGUCUGUAAAAUGUAUAUAGUACAGUGGGUAAAAAAAGUAUUUAGUCAGCCACCAAUUGUGCAAGUUCUCCCACUUAAAAAGAUGAGAGAGGCCUGUAAUUUUCAUCAUAGGUACACGUCAACUAUGACAGACAAAAUGAGAAAAAAAAUCCAGAAAAUCACAUUAUAGGAUUUUUAAUGAAUUUAUUUGCAAAUUAUGGUGGAAAAAAUUUGGUCAAUAACAAAAGUUUCUCAAUACUUUGUUAUAUACCCUUUGUUGGCAAUGACACAGGUCAAACGUUUUCUGUAAGUCUUCACAAGGUUUUCACACGUAUUUUGGCCCAUUCCUCCAUGCAGAUCUCCUCUAGAGCAGUGAUGUUUUGGGGCUGUCGCUGGGCAACACGGACUUUCAACUCCCUCCAAAGAUUUUCUAUGGGGUUGAGAUCUGGAGACUGGCUACUCCAGGACCUUGAAAUGCUUCUUAUGAAGCCACUCCUUCGUUGCCCGGGCAGUGUGUUUGGAUCAUUGUCAUGCUGAAAGACCCAGCCACGUUUCAUCUUCAAUGCCUUUGCUGAUGGAAGGAGGUUUUCACUCAAAAUCUCACGAUACAUGGCCCCAUUCAUUCUUUCCUUUACACGGAUCAGUCGUCCUGGUCCCUUUGCAGAAAAACAGCCCCAAAGCAUGAUGUUUCCACCCCCAUGCUUCACAGUAGGUAUGGUGUUCUUUGGAUGCAACUCAGCAUUCUUUGUCCUCCAAACACGAUGAGUUGAGUUUUUACCAAAAAGUUCUAUUUUGGUUUCAUCUGACCAUAUGACAUUCUCCCAAUCCUCUUCUGGAUCAUCCAAAUGCACUCUAGCAAACUUCAGACGGGCCUGGACAUGUACUGGCUUAAGCAGGGGGACACGUCUGGCACUGCAGGAUUUGAGUCCCUGGCGGCGUAGUGUGUUACUGAUGGUAGGCUUUGUUGCUUUGGUCCCAGCUCUCUGCAGGUCAUUCACUAGGUCCCCCCGUGUGGUUCUGGGAUUUUUGCUCACCGUUCUUGUGAUCAUUUUGACCCCACGGGGUGAGAUCUUGCGUGGAGCCCCAGAUCGAGGGAGAUUAUCAGUGGUCUUGUAUGUCUUCCAUUUCCUAAUAAUUGCUCCCACAGUUGAUUUCUUCAAACCAAGCUGCUUACCUAUUGCAGAUUCAGUCUUCCCAGCCUGGUGCAGGUCUACAAUUUUGUUUCUGGUGUCCUUUGACAGCUCUUUGGUCUUGGCCAUAGUGGAGUUUGGAUUGUGACUGUUUGAGGUUGUGGACAGGUGUCUUUUAUACUGAUAACAAGUUCAAACAGGUGCCAUUAAUACAGGUAACGAGUGGAGGACAGAGGAGCCUCUUAAAGAAGAAGUUACAGGUCUGUGAGAGCCAGAAAUCUUGCUUGUUUGUAGGUGACCAAAUACUUAUUUUCCACCAUAAUUUGCAAAUAAAUUCAUUACAAAUCCUACAAUGUGAUUUUCUGGAUUCUUUUUUCUCAAUUUGUCUGUCAUAGUUGACGUGUACCUAUGAUGAAAAUUACAGGCCUCUCUCAUCUUUUUAAGUGGGAGAACUUGCACAAUUGGUGGCUGACUAAAUACUUUUUUCCCCACUGUAUACUAAUAUUUUUGUCACGGUAGGGUGCUAAAGCACUGCCAAAGGUCUGAGUGCGCAAAAUUGACAUGUGCAGGUGUACAGAUGCAAUUAUUGCUCGCAAAUAUUAAGUUGCAAAUUUGUGAAUGCGAUUACAACUACAAAUGUGUUUUUUUCCAUGUUCCCAACUCAUCAGUUACACGUUUGAGAAUGUGUUUACAACUACAGAUUAUUCUUUCAAGUUCACAACUCAUCCGUUACACACUUGCAAAUUGUGUUUACAACUACAAAUCUAUUCUACACGCUCAAAUCAUUAUGUAAAUGAUUUACCUCCAUAGAGAUCUCUCUCGAGCUGUCACCAUCUGUGUUUAUGUACCUUAAGUACGGAAAGCGUGAUUGGCAGACGUGAUCAGCAGAGACGGUACCUGGAUAGUACAUGAGUUUUGAUUGGUUCAUUGUUUAGUACUUCAGCUAGCGAACAUAAAAGUAAGUAUUUAAAAAAACAUUUGCAUGAAUUGACAUUGCCAACAAACGGAAAUAAAUAUAUAUACGCAGUAUGUAAAAACCAGCUCCUCCCUCACCAGAGUUCGAUCACCUCGAAAACUAAAGCAGAUACGAUGUUCGGCCCACCACCUACUUUGAAUCACCAUGACUUAAAUAUCUGUGUCAAACUAUUUUUGCUCUCCCUUGGCUACCUCAAAUUUUUUCAUAGCCAUUACCUGUGGUCACCCUGGAAACCCAGCAAAUGGUCGAACUAACGGCAGCGAGUUCAACCUGAACGAUGUGGUAAACUUCACCUGCAGCACAGGAUAUCUGUUGCAUGGUGCCUCAAGAGCCCAGUGCAGGAUGAAUGGACAGUGGAGCAACCCUCUUCCAGUCUGUAGAGGUAAGACACAGUAACAAAUACAUCCAAAGCUUUUCAGGGACUGAGGAAAUAUUCAAGAUACAGGGCCUAGUGAAAGUCUAAACACCCCUUGCACAAACUUCAUAUUUUGCUGCCUUAAAAUUAAAUCUAAAAAGGGAUUACAUCAGAUUUCUUUUCCAUAGUGAUCUACACAACCUACUCCACAUGUUCAAAGUGAAAGAAAAUUAUAGAAUAUUUUUCAAAAUUCAUACAAAAAAAAAAAACUAAGACGUCUUGAUUGCGUAUGUCUUCACACCCCAGAGUCAAUACUUGGUGGAAACACCUUUGGCAGCCAUUACACCGCUUAGGGCAACAUACUGUAUAUCCAUUGUUUUUGUCAAAAUUGCUCAAACUCAGUAAAUUUGGUUGGGAAUCAUUGAUGAACAGCAAUAUUGAAACCUUGUCUCUGAUUUUCAAGCAAAUUUAAGUGAGGACUAAAACUGGACCUUUCAGGAACGCUCAACACCUCUUGGAAAGCCAUUCUGGUGUCUUUGGUAUACAUUUCUUUUUUUAUUGUCCUGCUGAAAAAUAACAUUCUAUCCCAGGGUUAGGUUUUCAGAAGACUGAGGCGGGUUUUCCUCAAACUUUUUACCUGGGCUUUGCCCCUUUCAUAUUUAUUUUGAUCCUGACAAAUUCCCUGUCCCUGCCAGUGACAGGCAUACCCAUAACAUGAUGCUGCCACCACAAUGCUUGAAAAUACUACCGACUGUAUAUCAAUUUAAUUUGUGGGUAAAGUGCAUACUUUAUUUUGUAUUACUAGUCUGUGCAUGUCAAUGUCUGUGCAUUCAUCUUACCUACUGUGUCUUAGGUGAUUUCCUGUUCCAGCGAGGUGAUUUGAAAUUCUAAUGUAAAGCAACAAACCAUAUUACAUUACAGCAUAUUUUCUGACACAAAGUAGGUUUCUAUCCCCUCUUUAGAAUCAAUGAAGAAUAAAACAAGCAUAGUGGUAGUGACAGAAUUUGCCCAAUUUAUGUAAAUAUCACCUUCGGAUGAAUUUUCACUUUCAGAUUAUAUAUACAGUGCCCUCCACUAAUAUUGGCACCCUUGGUAAACAUGAGCAAAACGGGCUGUGAAGAAAAUGUCUUUGCUGUUUAUCCUCUUGGUCUUUCAUUCAAAAUAUUCUUGAAUUGAAGUAAAAUGAUUGAAAUAAAAAACAUUCUCCAAAACGUUUGCCAAAAUUAUUUGCACCCCUAGAAAUUCUUAUGAGUAAAAUCUAACUGAAGUAUAUUCCCAUUCAUAUUUUACGUUUUUAAGUUCACCUGAGUGAUUAGGAACACUUAAGUGGUAAGCCAUGACCAUUUCCACUAUCAGGGCAAUAAUAAAGAAGUUUAAAGCAACUGGAGAUGUUAACAAUCGGCCUGGAAGAGGACAUGUGUCAAUAUUGACCCCACGCACAGUGAGGAGGAUGUUUCGAGUGGCCAAAACAUCUCUAAGGAUCACAGCUGGAGAAUUGCAUAUGUUAGUUGGGUCUUGGAGUCAGAAAGUCUCCAAAACUACGAUCAGACGCCACCUACGUAACCACAAGUUGUUUGGGAGGGUUGCCAUAAAAAAGCAUUUGCUGUCAUCAAACAACAAACUCAAGCGCCUACAGUUUGCCAAACGUUACUGGAACUUUCAAUGGGACCGGGUUCUAUGGUCAGGUGAGACCAAAAUAUAGCUUUUUGGAAACAAACACCAGAGGUGGGUUUGGCAGGACAGAAAAAUAGCCAUGCAGAAAAGUACCUCAUCCCUACUGUGAAGUAUGGUGGUGGAUCUUUGAUGUUGUGGGGCUGGACAACUUGUUAGGAUACAUGGUAUGAUGGACUCCAUCAAGUACCAGCAGAUAUUAAAUCAAAACCUGACUGCCUCUGCUAGGAAGCUUAAAAUGGGCUGUGGUUGGAUCUUCCAGCAGGACAAUGAUCCAAAGCACACCUCAAACUCAGCACAAAAAUGGUUCACUGACCACAGAAUCAAGGUUUUGCCAUGGCCAUCCCAGUCUCCUGACCUAAACCCCAUAGAAAACCUGUGGGAUGAGCUGAAGAGGAGAGUCCACAAGCGUGGACCUCGGAAUCUGAAGGAUCUGAAGAGAUUCUGUAUGGAGGAAUGGUCUCAGAUCCCUUGCCAUGUGUUCUCCAACCUCAUUACGCAUUAUAGGAGAAUACUCAGAGCUGUUACUGUUGAAGUCGGAAGUUUACAUACACUUAGGUAGGAGUCAUUAAAACUUGUUUUUCAACCACUCCACAAAUUUCUUGUUAACAAACUAUAGUUUUGGCAAGUCGGUUAGGACAUCUACUUUGUGCAUGACACAAGUCAUUUUUCCAACAAUUGUUUACAGACAGAUUAUUUCACUUACAAUUCACUGUAUCACAAUUCCAGUGGGUCAGACGUUUACAUACACUAAGUUGACUGUGCCUUUAAACAGUUUGCAAAAUUCCAGAAAAUGAUGUCAUGGCUUUAGAAGCUUCUGAUAGGCUAAUUGACAUCAUUUGAGUCAAUUGGAGGUGUACCUGUGGAUGUAUUUCAAGGCCUACCUUCAAACUCAGUGCCUCUUUGCUUGACAUCAUGGGAAAAUCAAAAGAAAUCAGCCAAGACCUCAGAAAAAACAUUGUAGACCUCCACAAGUCUGGUUCAUCCUUGGGAGCAAUUUCCAAAUGCCAUGUUCAUCUGUACAAACAAUAGUGCGCAAGUAUAAACACAGCCGUCAUACCGCUCAGGAAGGAGACGCGUUCUGUCUCCUAGAGAUGAAUGUACUUUGGUGCGAAAAGUGCAAAUCAAUCCCAGAACAACAGCAAAGGACCUUGUGAAGAUGUUGGAGGAAACAAGUACAAAAGUAUCUAUAUCCACAGUAAAAUGAGUCCUAUAUCGACAUAACCUGAAAGGCCGCUCAGCAAGGAAGAAGCCACUGCUCCAAAACCGCCAUAACAAAGCCAGACUACGGUUUGCAACUGCACAUGGGGACAAAGAUUGUACUUUUUGGAGAAAUCUCCUCUGGUCUGAUGAAACAAAAAUAGAACUGUUUGGCUAUAAUGACCUUCGUCAUAUUUGGAGGAAAAAGGGGGUGGCUUGCAAGCCGAAGAACACCAUCCCAACCGUGAAGUACAGGGGUGGCAGAAUCAUGCUGUGGGGGUGCUUUGCUGCAGGAGGGACUGGUGCACUUCACAAAAUAGAUGGCAUCAUGAGGAAGGCAAAUUAUGUGGAUAUAUUGAAGCAACAUCUCAAGACAUCAGUCAGGAAGUUAAAGCUUGGUCGCAAAUGGGUCUUCUAAAUGGACAAUGACCCCAAGCAUACUUCCAAAGUUGUGGCAAAAUGGCUUAAGGACAACAAAGUCAAGAUAUUGGAGUGGCCAUCACAAAGCCCUGACCUCAAUCCUAUAGAAAAUGUGUGGGCAGAACUGAAAAAGCGUGUGCGAGCAAGGAGGCCUACAAACCCGACUCAGUUACACCAGCUCUGUCAAGAUGGUAUGGGCCAAAAUUCACCCAACUUAUUUUGGGAAGCUUGUGGAAGGCUACCCGAAACGUUUAACCCAAGUUAAACAAUUUAAAGGCAAUGCUACCAUAUACUAAUUGAGUGUAUGUAAACGUCUGACCCACUGGGAAUGUGAUGAAAGAAAUAAAAGCUGAAAUAAAUCAUUCUCUCUACUAUUAUUCUGACAUUUCACAUUCUUUAAAUAAAGUGGUGGUCCUAAAUGACCUAAAACAGGGAAUUUUUACUAGGAUUAAAUGUCAAGAAUUGUUCAAAUGUAUUUGGCUAAGGUGUAUGUAAACUUCAGACCUUAACUGUAUCUUGGCAAAGUAUUGAAUGAAGGGGUGCCAAUAAUUGUGGCACACAUAUAUUUGAGAAAAUUAUUUUUAUGAUAAUAUUUUUUUAUAUUAUUAUUAUUUUUCUUUAAUUAAAGGUUCGAUUUUUGUGAAUAUUUUGAAUGAAAGACCAAGAGGAUAAACAAUAAAGACUUUUCUUCACAGCCCGUUUUGCUCAUAUUUACCAAGGGUGCCAAUAUUAGUGGAGGGCACUGUAUCACUAUCAGAUUAAACAUUCUCUAAAGACCCAAUGUUAAAGUCAAUAAUCACAUUGAUUUGUAUGGAAAUAAUUGUCCGGCAUGCUGAAAAAGUCAGGUACAAUGAGGUAAACAAAAAGUUGCAUUUGUAAAAGAAAUAUCCUCCUUCAAAUGCCACAGCAAUGGUCAGUCACUUCAUCACUCAGUCAGUUGUGUUCUUACAGUAUGUCAGUGUGCUCCCUGCUACUGACUGUUCGAUUUAAUUUUGUAAGCCACUCUACACUUCCACACUUUCACCCAGGGUUCCUAUAGUAAUUGCCUUUCAACAAUCGUCUUUUUUCAAGAGGGUUACCCCAGUAAUGGUUUCUAUUAUAGGAAAGGAACAUGCCAAUAGCAGGUGCCAAUUAUCAAUUUUGGAGAGUUUUUUCCUCCCUCUUUUCCCUUGGGCUUAAUUGACUGCCAGGGCAUUGGCAGCUGUCACUGAGGGAAAUAAAUCUGUUUUGUUUCCCCUGGACAUGACUUUAACUUUAGGCAUGUUUUGUUGUUGAAGGGCAAUUGCUGGAAAAAAAAUUCAGCCAACUCUGAGGCAAGAGGUGCAACUUGUUAUUUUUACCGGGGCUUCCUGCCCUGCUGGUUUUACGUGCAGGGAGAAACAGGAGGAAAUAAAGAGUCUACAUUUUGUGACAAGUGAAUCUAAACUAAACUGAAACUGCAUAUCAACCCAUAUGUAUGACAUUGCUACACAGUUAUUAGAGCAACUUUAUGUCAAAUGCUAUUGACUGUAGAAACAUGAGAGAAGCUUACACACUGUGUAAGUAUAUAUUAAAAAGCAUGGAUGGGUUGAUUGAAAUGACUCAGAACUUGAACAGUAAACCUGCUAUUCAAGCUUUCUCAUUGAUUUCCCUUCUCUUCUCACUCUUGGUUUCACUGUCGGACAUUAAGCAUGCGGUUGAUUUUAUCUUGCAGUGGUAAACUGCUCCGAUCCAGGCUUUGUGGAGAAUGCCAUUCGUCACCCGCAGCAGCACUUCCCCGAGAGCUUCAACUACAGAACCAGUGUGAUGUAUCACUGCAAGAGGGCCUUCUAUCUGCUCGGCUCAUCGCUUCUCACCUGUCAGUCAAACGGCUUCUGGGACAGAUCACUUCCUAAGUGCCUUUGUGAGUAAUAUGCUAGGAUUGUCUUGCUCAGGGUACAAGAAGUGGUAGAGGUGGAAUCUGGGUCCCAAGUCAUGUGUGGUCCUCUGUAGCUCAGCUGGUAGAGCACGGCGCUUGUAACGCCAAGGUAGUGGGUUCGAUCCCCGGGACCACCCAUACACAAAAAAAUUUAUGCACGCAUGACUGUAAGUCGCUUUGGAUAAAAGCGUCUGCUAAAUGGCGUAUUAUUAUGUGGUUAGUCACUGUUGGAGAAUGAUAGAAAGUGGGAAAUGUACCGUUAUAGUGGGGAGAAUAUGGGGAUGGUGAAAGGGAUUUGUGAAGAAUUUAUAUUGGUAGUGUUGGAAAAUAAAGAAUAUAUAAGCAAAAUGGCAAUAUGUAGUGUUAAUGUUUGUGAUAAAAGGAGGGUAGUAGUAGUAGUAGUAGUAGUAGUAGUAGUAGUAGUAGUAGUGUAGUGGUAGUGGUAGUGGUAGUAGUGGUAGUGGUAGUGGUAGUGGUAGUGGUAGUGGUAGUGGUAGUGGUAGUGGUAGUGGUAGUGGUAGUGGUAGUGGUAGUGGUAGUGGUAGUGGGGUGGCUGGUAGCCUAGUGGUUAAGAGCAUUGGGCCAGUAAUCAAAAGGUUGCUGGUUCAAAUCCCCAAGCCGACUAGGUGAAAAGUAUGUUGAUGUGCCCUUGAGCAAGGCACUUAACCGCAAUUGCUCUGCAUAAGAUUAAAUGUAGUAGUAGUGGUAGUAGCUAACACUGAAGGCACAAGAACAAUGGAGUAUAUCCAUGAUCGACUCCAGUUCCCUCAGUAUUUCUAUCAACUUUUCUCUCCAUUUCGCCUCAAGCUAUUUCCUGUGGUGAUCCUGGCACACCGCCCCAAGCUGUCAUGUCAGGCAGGAAGUUCACCAAUGGCGGCGUGGUCCAUUACACCUGCAGCCAUGGCCGAGCGCUGAUUGGGAACACCACACGCUACUGUCAGGAGGACGGGCGCUGGAGUGGGUCACCACCCUACUGCUCAGGUAUAUCCAUCAGCAGGGGCCUACCACUCUGCCAGGCAGGGGUGACCUGAAGGCUAUAAUGGUGGACAUAAAUAACACAGAUCGACAGGUUUCAGGGAAGUCAAACCGAGCUAGAAAAGCAAUGGAUUUCUGUGGGUUUUUCAUGUGAGGUAGCUAGAGAUGUAAGAUGCAAGCACUCUGGGUAGAGCCUUGGUAGCCUUUCAUCUUAGUUAAAAGGGAGGGAAAAAAGCCUAUUUCCAUCUCAGGAAACAGGCUAGAGUGACUGAUAUGAGCUGCCUAUGGGACUGCUGUGGUGAGGGAUGGCUGGUUGUUUGAGUGUUGGAUAUUUUCUCUCUCCCUCAUGAGGUGGUAGUCCCGGGGAGUGCGGUGACCCUGGAAUCCCACCUCACGGCUCCAGGCUAGGGGAGGAGUUCCAGCUGAAGAGCCUGCUGAGGUUCACCUGUGUUGCCGGCUUUUCCCUGAGUGGCUCACCUGAGAGGACCUGCCUCCACAAUGGCUCCUGGAGUGGCACCCAGCCAGUCUGUGAGGGUGAGACCCCUGCCAUAUAUACUCAACUACUAUACCUG